UGUAACACGUAAAAUUUUCAUAAAAUGGCAACCCCUGUCAUCAUUAUUGUUGCUAAAACAGGGUCUGGCAGAUAGACCUGGUCGGGCUUGACUAACCCGUUUCGCCAGAGAUGCUCUUCAUCACAGAGGAUGAUUGCUCAGCCAAUCAAAGCGCAUGGUAAGAAAUUAGAAGGUAACCGCGGGAAAUACACAUUCCUGGAAGUCGGGAAUUAAACAAACACCAAUUGGCACGUGGUUGUUUGAUACUACAAUCAAGCAUUGUUUUCUCGUAUCGUGAUAUCCAUCGAUAUUACCAGAAAUGACCGAUGUCUUUCUCAUUUACAUCAUUUGCACCAUAUUGAUUAAAAAUGCUAGAAAAAAAAUGAAGGUUACAGCAUAUUUUAAUGGACAUAAUAUUGUCAUUCCUUGUGGUGGAGGAAGCAAGACAAUUGCAUGGUUAAUUGAUGAUGUUGUCAAAAGGGUCCAAUCACUGGGAGAUGAAAUGGCUCAACAGAGUGUUGAAGAUUUACAAGCAAGACUUUAUCCAGCUCGAGGACUUCUCAUGAAGAGUGAUAGAAUUGAAGAUGUAUUAGAUGACAAUGCGCAUGUUUUCAUUGGAAUGUCAAAUGCAAUUUCCCCAAAUGUUACAGGGUCAAUUGAGGUAGAGCACCAUGAAGCAUCACAGACACUGGAGUUGAAUGGAAAUAAUUUGACAGCCGAUGAUCUUGUAAAGUGCAGCAAAGGGGUAUACAAGAUAAAGCUUUCUGAACAAGCAAAGAAAAAUGUGAAGAAAUCAAGAGAUUUUCUGGAGCAGAUUAUAAAAAGCAACAAGGUGGUUUAUGGUGUGAACACUGGUUUUGGGAACUUUGCCAGUGUUGUGAUUGAAAACGAUAAAUUAAAACAACUUCAACAGAAUUUGAUUCGCUCUCAUGCUGUUUGUGUUGGUGAACCUCUUACGAUCGAAAGAACAAGAAGUUUGCUCGCAUUACGUAUCAAUAUUUUAUCCAAAGGAUUCAGUGGAAUCGCACUUAACAAUUUGCAAAAAAUGAUUGCAAUUUUUAAUUCUGGGUGUGUUCCACUUGUUCCGGAGAAGGGCACAGUUGGAGCUAGUGGGGAUCUUGCUCCUCUUUCACAUCUUGCGUUGGGCAUGAUGGGAGAAGGCCAAAUGUGGGGACCAAAAACUGGAUGGACAGACGCGUCAACGGUUUUGUCGGUUCAUGGUUUAAAACCGAUCGUCUUGGGUGCUAAAGAGGGGCUGGCUUGUAUAAAUGGAACUCAGCUCAUAACAGCUCUUGGCAGUGAAGCUUCGGAGCGUGCAUCUGCGAUUUGCCGACAAGCAGACGUAGUUGCAGCGUUGUCACUGGAGGUUUUAAAGGGGACAACCAAGGCUUUUAAUAAAGAGAUUCACGAUGUACGUCCACAUAAAGGACAAAAAUUAGUUGCUGCAAGGUUGCGUUCAUUGUUGCAUUCAAAUGUUUACAAAUCAGAAGUUGCAGAAAGUCAUCGAUUUUGUAAACGCGUCCAAGAUGCUUACACUCUUCGAUGUUCACCUCAAGUACAUGGAAUCGUCCACGACACAAUUGAAUUUGUUCAGAAUAUUAUAUCUAUUGAAUUAAACAGCGCUACAGACAAUCCUAUGGUUUUUGCUGACAUCGGAGAAACAAUGUCUGGUGGCAAUUUCCAUGGUGAAUAUCCAGCUAAAGCAUUAGAUUAUCUCGCCAUUGGAGUUCACGAACUAGCAAAUAUGAGCGAAAGAAGAAUCGAACGUUUAAUUAAUCCUGCAUACAGUGAGCUACCUGCCUUCUUAACGAAAGAUGGCGGAUUAAAUUCAGGAUUCAUGCUGGCUCAUUGCACAGCUGCAGCGCUUGUUUCUGAAAACAAAGUGCUUACUCAUCCAUCGUCUGUUGACUCGCUUACUACGUCUGCUGGCACAGAGGAUCAUGUCUCGAUGGGUGGAUUUGCAGCACGCAAAGCAUUAAUCGUUGUUGAACAUGUUGAAUACGUACUGGCUAUAGAACUGUUGGCAGCUUGCCAGGGAAUGGAAUUUUUGCGCCCUCUGAAAACAACAGAACCGUUAGAGGCUGUUCACCGAUUGGUGCGUUCGGUGGUCAAGCCAUAUGAUUAUGAUCGAUACAUGAAACCUGACAUCGAGGCAGCUGUCAAACUACUUCAAGAACAAAAGGUUUGGGAUGUUGUGAAACCAUACAUGGAUCAUUAUGAAAAGAUGUGUAAGAAACCAGCUCAUGAAUUAUAUGUCUCCCCGGCGUCACCAACUGGGUACAGUUGUCCACCAUCACCGGAAAGCCAUCGAUCAGCACAAAACGAUGAUGUGAUGGGACCACCAGUCAAACGAAAGAAGAAAUCUGCAAAAAAAUAAUUUGCCGUUGUUCUCAAUGGAAGGAAGCUGAUGCGACCACUUGUGAAGGGAACAUUCUCGAUUUGCGAUAUGUUGAAAUUUUAAAACGAAUUUCUAAAUUUGUGAAUGUGAAUUGUGUUUCUAUAUCUGUUGUUUGAAAGUUGUUUAAAAAUCGGAAAAAAUUGGUGUGUAACAAAUGGCAAAGUUUGGAAAAGAAUCUCAUUUCUUAUUUUUAUUCAGUUCAAAUCGAUACAAAUGCACAAAAUUAGCGUAAGCCAAGCUGUUCCUGCCUACAGUAACAAGAAAUCAAGAUUUCCCGAAACUGCCUUUUUUAAAGAUUAUUGUUGUUGUUGUUGUUGUUGUUGCUUUUGUUGUUAAAGUUUAUGUUUUUGCAAAAUAUUGACAUAUAUAAUUAUAAACAAGGUUGUAAAAUUUCUUCCCUUUUUUCCCGUAGACAAAAUUGUUACUUAAAAUAUUAUCAGAGUAUUUUUUUGAGGGUUAAUGUAUUUAUAGUUCCAAUUUUUAUAUCACAAUUUGAAGUAUUUACCUACAUAAAUGAUUUUAAA